GCCGCGUUUUCGACCCCUCACGUCCACAUGCGCUCCUCGCUGGUCUUUUCAUCGCUGUUUUAUCGAUUUCGGUCCCAACACACACGACACAACACAACUCCAACAAUGCCAGACACAAGGGUUUAUUCAUGCAACACCGACCCCAUAUCGUAGCAGUCGUGGCCGUCUGUGAUGACAAGGUAUGGUCGCCCCUUUCACCACUCUUUUGCAUCUUGAUAGUCCUUAUAUGUUGUCUCACCGCUCAAAGCACGAGGGGCGAAACACAAGGUGUUCAGGCUCAAAGUCAGCGACAAGCUCAAAGCCACUCUCAAGCAUCGUCGUCGCGUCCCCAGGUCACUGUUAUCCCUGCAAUGUCCACGAUAUCCACAACUGGCGCUGCCACCACACCUUCGCCGUCGCCCUUUGAUGCCCUUCCCGUUAACUAUACUGACGACCAGUAUGAUGAGAAUUCAGCUGCUCAUCAUCCAGCCUGCAUGCUGGCCAUGUUCAUUCAUGUUCUAACAUUUUGGUUGCAAUCGACUUGUGUAUUCUUAUUUCCUGUUUAACUUCAGAGCUGUGAACGUUCCCCAUCUUGGUAGACAGUCACACGG